UAUGAGCAAAAUUGUUCCUCUUCCAAUAAAAUCAAGUGCUAUUGUCAUCAAAGAAUUAUAGGAUGACAUCAGACCAGUAUAUAAGUAUCAUUAACUUUAGAGUGACCCUAUAAAGGCAAAUGAAUAUAUUUUAUAAAACAUGUUUUUCAAGUAAGAUGAAACUGGUCAAUUGACACCAUAUGAAUUUACUGUGGGAUUAGAUGAAUUCAAGAAACAUGGUUUAGGAUUAUAUUUGUAUUUUAAAUUCUUAGAAUAUGCUAUUUAUGUUUUCUUUAUCAUGAGUAUAAUAGCAAGUGUAAUUUGUUAUUUUAACUCUACAGGAAAUGGAUUAGAUGCAUGGAAGAACCUUAAUUUAUUAUAAGUAAUCUUGAAAUUUAUUUUUAGAAAUUGAGUGUUGGUAAUUAAAACAAAAUAGAAAGUAGUAGUGGAACCACCUAUACUACAUCAGAUAUUCAAUAAUUUUAUACUGAUUCAUCAAUGUGGCUCUCUACUUUAACAUGGAUGGAUUUCAGUUAUACAUUAAUAUUCAUACUCUUUUAUUUAGGCUUUACAUAUUGGUCUAACAAAUCUAUUAGUGAAUCCUUAGUGAAAGAAAAGGUUCCUGCAAAUUUUUCAAUUGGAGUAUACAUAUAUACUAAUAUUAUUAGAUAAAAGGAUUAAGAGAGGAUGAGAGAGAUCCGAAUAAAUUAAAAAAUUUUAUUGAAGAUCUAGGAUUUAAGGUUAAAGAAGUGAAAUAUGCUAAGAAUUAUUCAAAUACUUUAUUACUUCACAAAUAAGAAGCUGAAUUAAAAAUCAAACUUAAAGGAGAGGAAAUCAAAGCACGUUAUCCAGAGUAAUUAAUAUUAUAUAUAUAUUUAGUUAUGAUCCAAAAAUUAAAUAGAAAUAUUUAAAAGAAUUAUAAGAAAUAUAGGCUGAAAGAGAAACAAUUAUAAAGAAUACUAUAGGUAAAAGAUUGAAACAUGAUGAAUACCCUACUUUAAUGGCAUUUGUAAUAUUCUAAAGAAUUGGUGAUAAAAAUAUGUUUAUUAAAGAAUACAAAACAAAUACUAAUUUCAAUUUUUUUUAAACUUUAUGUUGUGGUAAAAAAGUAGAAGACAAAUAUUUAUAUAAAGGCAAUGUUUUAAAAAUAAUACCUUAAGUAGAUAAUCCUAGUAAUAUUAAUUGGGAAAAUCUCGAAGUUUCUUCAUCAAAUAGAUUUUUAAGGUAAAUAAUAGUUGGUUUGGGAGUGUUUUGUUUGAUGAUCAUAACCUUUUUCAUUGUUUUUGCUAUAAAUGUAGUAAGUAAAUAUAGUCCAGAAGAUUGUGAAAUAAGAGAUUAUACUUAUGAAAAUACUUAAUAAUGGAUAAGUUAAGCAUCUACAGCAAGUGAAAAAUCUUAAAUUUAAUAAUGUUUUUGUAUGAAUUUAAGUCUAACAACUCUUUAUGCUGAUUAUUUUGAUUAUUGUUCAGAUAUUAUCUAUUAGUAUACUGGAAUACAAGCAUUAUAAAUAGCUUCUGCUUUUGUAAUUUUAAUAGUAAAUAGUUUACUUUAAUUAUUAAUAAAAAGUAUUGUAACUUUCGAAAGAUAUCAGAGUUUAAGUAAAAAAUUAUCAGGUACUUUAACUAAACUCUUUAUAUCAUUAUUUGUCAAUACUGCUUUAAUUACUUUGAUUUUGAAAGCAAACAUUUAUGGAUUCAAAUUAUCAUAUUAUUUAAGUUCUCCUAUUCCUCCAUUGUAAUCAGCAUAAUAAAAAGAAGUUUUCCCUUCAGAUUUUAAUAGAGAGUGGUAUGCAGUAGUUGGAGCAGCAUAUGUUAAUACUUGGAUUAUAAAUAUAUUUUCUCCUUAUUUUAUUGACUUUGUGCUUUACCCAAUAAAAAAUUGGUUUAGAAAGAGAGAAGCAGCUAAUGCAAAAAUUUAAAGAGACUUAAAUAAACUUUCUGUUGGACCAGAAUUUGAUCUUGACUUAUAUUAUGCGAAUCUCCUUAACACUAUAUUUGUAACUUUAUUUUAUUGUUCUCUAAUCCCAUUAAUGUUACCAUUAGGAUUUUUAGCAUUACUUAUUCACUUUUUAGUUUAGAAGUUUUUACUUCUUAAAUUUUAUCGUAAACCUCCUUCAUAUGAUGAAGCAUUACAUGAUUCAGUCUUUACUUUACUUCCCUAUUCUAUUAUCAUGCAUAUUUUGAUAGCAAUAUGGGCUUAUGGUCACCCUUAUAUAUUUCCUUCAUCAUCAGAUGCUCUAAUUGAUAAUGAGGGUUUUUUGGAUGUAUCAAAAGAUUCUGUUUGGAUUAGAAUUUCAAACUCUUCAUAAAUAUCAAUUUUAGGAGUCAUAUUUGUAAUAAUCUUAAUAAUUAAAUACUUUUUUAUUAAUCCAUUGUAAUAUUUAGUAAAAGUUUGUUGUGAUUCUGAAGCUGUGGUAUUUAUUUAUAAAAAUAUUAAAGGUUGUAGAUUUUGCUUAAGAGGAAACUUAUGACUAAAUUUAUGAUCAGAUAUCAUCUGUUUAAUUGGCUACUUAUGAAAUAAGGGAAAAUGAAAAUUACAAGGAUUUAGUAUAUUCUUUAGAUUCAGAUCAUCGAUCCCCAACUUAAAGAAAAUCUGAAGAAGAAAGAGUACCACUGUAAGAUAUAUGA